UUUCAGACCUGACCAUUCCCAAUGUCCAGGUCACCAGACUGACCCUGAUGUGUGACCAAGCACCUGGCCCCAUCACCAUGGACCUCUCAGGUGACCCGGAAGCUCUGAAGAAGAAGAGUUUCACCAUGAAGGAAGGAGUGGACUACAGAGUGAAGAUACACUUCAAGGUUAACAGGGAUAUUGUGUCUGGGCUGAAGUACGUCCAUCUGACCUACAGGAAAGGAAUCAGAGUGGACAAGGCGGUGUACAUGGUGGGCAGCUAUGGGCCGCGGGUGGAGGAGCACGAGUUCAUGACCCCGGUGGAGGAGGCGCCCAAAGGCAUGAUUGUCAGAGGCAGCUACCACAUCAAGUCCCACUUCACCGAUGACGACAAGACCGACCACCUCUCCUGGGAGUGGAACCUGGGGAUCAAGAAGGACUGGGACGAAUAGAGAGGAGCCUCAUUUCUCUCUCCCUCCUUCCAUCUCCCUGUGUCUCCACCUCUCCCUUUCCCCUUCCAUCCUUCCUUCUUACCCCUUCUCUCCCUUGUCUCCCCCACUUUCAUCCCUCCUUCUCUCCCUCUUCAUUUAGAAGGACUGGGAUGGAUAGAGACCUCAUCCUUCUCUCCAUGCUUCCCUCUCCCCUUGUCUCCCCUCUCCCUCCUUCUCUCCCUCUUCAUUUAGAAGGACUGUCUCUCCCUCUUUCUUCCUCCCCCCUCCUCUCCCCCCUCCCUCCAAGGCCCACCUGUAUAAUAGUAAAAGACAGAGGCCGGUAUGAAAGGUGUAAACAGGAAGUUAGGUUAGGCACGGUCUAGAACGAGACAGAGAGGAUGUUGUCAUAAACCAAACCAGUAUCACAUCAUAGUAGACAACCGAAC